AUGGCGGAGCCGAUCACGUUCGUGAUCACGUUCGUGGACAUCUUGAUGGUGGUGUUCACCAGUGCAAGUGCAACAGGUCCUUGGCGCACUCAUGAUCCUGCACACGGUCACGGCAGCAGCAUCUUCAGAAUGUACUCCACGUGGAGCUUCGACAACUCGAGGAUCAGCUCGACCAAGCCCAAGACCUCGACCGGGCACGCGCAGCAGGAGAGGGACAUGAGGACCAACGCCAUCGAGCUCAUUCUAUCCGUCAUGUUCAGUCAGAGAGGGGUUCCGUUGCUGGACUCGUUCACGGUCACGAGAGUGGGCGCGUUCAGAAGGGUCAUGGACUUCAAUCCGGUCGUGGAGGGGCACGAGCGUAAGUUCAUGUCGUUGGUCAGGUGGGGGUGCCCCGACAUCGUGGCGACCCUGUGGACGAUCGAGCCGGUGGUGUCGAGCACCAUCAUCAGGGGCAACAGCAUCGACGUCAGUUUCGCGCACGACACGUACUCCGCGGAGCUGGAGUGCAUCGAGCCGAUGUCCAUGACCACGCACACGACCAGCGUCAAGCCCGGCAACGAGAUCUGGGGCAGGUGGGCGGGAUGGUUGGUCUGGCGCGCGUCCAGGGACCAGGGCUGGCUCGACGCCGUGUGCUCGAGCUGCAACGCCUCCUCGUCCCUGUUCGCGGUCAGCCUGCACAGGCCGAACGCUAACGUGAUCCACUUGGUCAUGGACCCCGAGACCAUCAACAUCCUCGCGAUCCACCCCUGGAACAUGGCGACGAGCAUGAACGUGACCGCCACCAUGUCCGCGGGCUUCUCCACGAGGAUGAUCAUCCAGCCGGCCAUGCGCAUCGGCAGGAAUACGUCCCUACGCUUGUUCGGCAACGGGUCCAUGCACUUCUGCAGCUCGCCGAACGACAUCGAGCUUCUGUACUCGGCCGCGUACAGGAUCGUUAAGAGGGUCCUGGAGACGGACACGCGCUCGUUCUUGUCCAGCAUGAGGAUCAUAAGGUCGAGCAUGGUCUAG